GACAGUUAUAUUCUUAGCCACUUUUACGACAUGUUCAAUAUUAAAUUGCUGCUUUUGUUAUUGGCCGUUUCGUGGUUCCACCAUGGACAAGCCGUCCAGGAGACGAAAAUCGAAGAAAAACCAGUAUCAGAGCCUGAAAUUGAAUCCGAAAUAAAGAACUCUACGAGCGUCCCAAGUAAAUGCAAUAUUUACUAUAGGAACUACCAAUGGGCUCUUCAGGAUUGUGUCUGCCGUUGUUUCCAAAACGAAUGCCUUAUGCAAAUCGAGAGCGACCAGCGCAAAAAGGAGGGUAGAUCCCCAUUUGUGCCCGUUACGGAGGAACUCUGCCGUUCCUUCAUCUGCAAAAAGUGCAGCGUGGGUUUCCCCGUGGUUGCUGAAUUCCCCAUUCCGGCUCCCUGUGGAUGCAAUCGAAAGCCAGGAUCGAUUGCCACAGAGAGAUUCUACAGUUUGUGCCACCUGCUGAAAUUCUCAGCGGAGAACAGCAAACCAUUCCUGACUUAUUCCUAUUGUUGGCCCUUCUAAGUGAGGUGGAUUCAGUUGGAUCACGUUACUAAUAUCUUUGUUUGUUUGUUUUAUUAUUUUGUUGAUUUGUUCAUUUAAAGGGAGAUGGAUUACAAAUAAUAAAGAAAUAUAUUC